GGCGCCGAUAUAAGGCGGCAGCAGCGGGCAGCGGGCAGAGCCGGGCGGAGCCGCGGGCAGCGCAGUGCGGAGAGAGGGAGCUGAGCACCGCAACCACAGCGCGGCCUCUGAGCAGACCUCUCCCUACGCUGCUGCGCAGAGAUGGAAACCAUGCACGAGCUGAUCCCCUUCGCCAAGGAGAUGCUCAGCCAGAAGCCCAGCAGGAAGAUGGUGAAGCUGUACGUGCUGGGCAGCGUGCUGGCCUUCUUCGGCGUGGUCAUCGGUCUGGUGGAGGCAGUGUGCAGCCCCUUCACCUCCGAAGGGAGGAUAGGGGAGGAGGAGGAGAAGAGACCGACCCCGACGCGAGAGCCGGCGCUUCCUCGGAAGCCAGAGGAUUUGGUGUUGGAGCAGAGCAAGAAGCCGGCGGUGGCGCAGCGGGGGCUGGUGACCAGGCAGCAUGCAUCCUAAGGGACCCGCUGCUCCCCGGAGCACACGGCUCUGCUGCCCCGAUGUCCCUGGUGGUGGUUCCAGUGAGAAAGGCGAAGGUCUGGCUGGACGAGGAGACUGCGAGCGCAGGACUCGAAAGAAAGGAACGGUUUUAUUUGCUGCUGUGCAGCAGUAGGAAAAAAUACCUUUUGUUGGUAUAAAAAUGUGCAAGAUGAUGCACGGCGUGGUUUCUUAUUUUUAUUACGGAUGCGUUUUACAACGUUUUGCAAAAUCAAUAAAUAUUUUAUAUGGUA